AUGAAGUUCUCCCUUACUUCCACCCUGGUGGUGGCUCUGGCUGCUCAGGCUACAGCAAAUAGCUGGUUCGGAAAGUCAGCAGUGUACGACAAGUGGCACGAGACGGAGCUCGAGCGAUGGCUGUCAGACAACAAUAUCCCCCACCCUAGCCCGUCAGACCGCAAGAACCUCCAGAAGACUGUUUCCGACAACUGGAAUGACAAGAUCGUCAGCCCUUACUCAUCAUGGGACGUCAAGUCUCUCCAGAACUACCUAACUGCCCGCGGCCAGCAGGCAAAGAAGGGUACAGAGAACGACGUGAAGAGCCUUGUUGAGCAGGUUAAGGCGUACUGGUACGAGACUGAGGACUCUGCCAACCAGGCCUACGGUAGUGUGAAGGAUUGGAUCUUUGACAGCUGGACCGACUCACAGCUCAAGGCUUUCGCCGACAAGAACGGCAUUCCCGUCCCUCAGCCCCGUCAGCGUGACUCUCUUCUGAAGAUUGUCCGCGAGAACUACCAGUCUGUCGCCGAUAAGGCCUCUGAGACCGCCAACUACCCCGGUGACUGGUUGUACGCUUCCUGGUCGGACUCUGACCUGAAGACCUGGUUCGACGAGCGUGGCUACAACGUUCCUCAGCCUUCCACCCGUGAUUCUCUCAUUGCCAGCCUCCGCCGCCAGUCUCGUCUUGCAAGCCAGAACGCCCAUGGUAUUUAUGCUCAGGCUUCUUCUUCCGCCGCCGCUGCUCAGCAGAGCUUGAGCGAUGCUCUCCUCGACUCGUGGUCCGACUCUCAGAUCAAGGAGUGGGCUGACAAGAACGGUAUCAAGGUUCCCCAGGGUUCCAAGCGCAAUGAGUUGAUCGCUCUUGCCCGCAAGCACCGUGCUCGUCUCUAUGGCGACUCUGCUUCAGCCACUGCUGCCUCUGCCUACGGCGCUGCCACUUCCAACGCCAACAGCGCUGCGGCCCAGGCUACCGACGGCUUCGCUUACUAUACCAACCUCGUCAAGCAGCAAUUCGGCAUCGCUACUGAUGCCGCCGCUGCUUCUGCGAGCUCUGCCAGCAAUGUCGCUGCCGCUUCGGCCAGCUCUGCAUCCGCCAAUAUCAAGUCGGCAACUGGCGCUGCCGCCAAGGCUGCCUCUUCGUCAUCGUCUUCGAUCUCUAAAUCGGCUGCUUCCGCUUCCGCCAAUGCCUCCAAGUCCGCCCAGAGCGCCGCCUCUGCUGCUUCUAAGUCUGCUCAGUCUGGUUACAACGCUGCCGAGGCCUCCGCCAGCUCUGCUAGUGCCAAGGCAUCCAAGGCCGCUUCCGCUGCUAAGGAUGAGUUGUAAAUACCGAAAUCGUUUACUCACGAUCACUCUUGACAAUCUUCGUCCGGCCUUGAUGGUUUCCAGACGAAUUAUGACGCGUUCACGACUAUGGUGUUGAUGGUUCAAAAGCGGAUUCAACUAAGAUUCUGUAAGAUUAGCUUCGCGAUGAUAUUCCCCUGACCCCCAGUAGGCAUUUGAGGUCUCUCCACUUCCCCUCCCGGCCCUUCAGACUGGAACGGAGGUUUGGCGUCUACAUAGCUUGAUUAAUGUUAGCAAUGCAAUAAGUCAGGAUGAGAUCUUUCAGUUGCUGUAUGUGUCCUAGAAAGCGGAUGUACCUGAAU